AUGAUGGCCAAGAGCGAUUUCAAGGUGGUGAUUGCCGGUGGCAGCAUCACAGGCCUCACUCUGGCCAACAUGCUGCAACUCUACAAUAUCGACUUUGUUGUUCUUGAAUCGUAUCCGGAUAUAGCACCUCAAGUGGGGGCAAGUAUCGGGAUACUGCCACACGGCAACAGAAUAUUGGACCAGCUUGGUCUGUAUCAGAAGAUUCUGGCCUUAUACCCUCCCUUAGACUCGUUCCACUUCCGUGAUCAGACAGGCAACAUCAUAUGUGAAUUUCGAGGCAUGAACGAUCACGGCUAUCCGAUCACAUUUUUGGAUCGCCAGAUGGUCCUUCAGGUAUUGUACGAUGGAAUCAAGGACAAGACGAAGGUCCUCACUAAGAAACAAGUCCAAAAAGUCGAGCUUACUGAGGAUGGAGUGAUGGUGAAAACCUCGGACAACUCGACCUAUCAUGGUGAUAUCCUGGUGGGGGCAGAUGGCAUUCAUUCCACUGUAAGAGGAGAAAUGUGGAGGAUAGCAAGUGAAACACGCCCCGGGUGGAUUCCAUCCGAUGAACAUUCUUGCGUCCCUUGCGAUUAUGGAUGCAUCUUCGGAAUUUCAAACCCUUGCGAGGGUAUUGAACCAGGAGCUUCAAACUCGGUAUUUAGAAAGCACGAAUUCUAUAUAGUUAAUGGAGGCCCUGAGGGUCGUGUGUAUUGGUUCUAUUUCUACAAGCUGGUCCAGCGAGCCUACGGCGACGAUAUUCCGGUUUAUACAAAGGAAGAUGAGAAAAAUCUACUGGCCAUGCGAGCAAAUGACAACAUUACUCCGACGUUGAAAUUCAAAACGCUCGUGGAACGGAAGAUCUCGUUGGCUUUGGUGCCACUGCAAGAAUAUGUCUUCAGACAGUGGUACUUCAAGCGUAUCAUCACCAUUGGCGAUGCCGCUCAUAAGUUCCAUCCAAUCGCAGGUCAUGGCGGAAAUGCUGCUAUUGAGUCAGCGGCUGCUCUUGUUAACGCCAUUCGCGACGUAGCCAACAAGUCGCGAGGUGAAAAGCCAACGUUGGAACAGAUCGAGCGCGCGUUUGCCACGACUCGGGCAAUCCGACAAGCAAGAGCCGUCACUCUUACAUGCUAUUCGCACGAACAGCAGCGAACAGAGCUACUCGACACGCAGCUUCAUGAAUUCGCGGCGUUCUACUUGUUGCCAAUGACGGACACUGAAGACGUUACCUUCAAUUUUUCCCGCAACAUGCCGCUUGCUGAAAAGCUGAACACCCCCAAGUUGACACCAGUUCCAAGGCUCGUGCCUUACAAGGACGAACUUCUGAGUGCCCCAGUCCCUCGAGGCAUUAAGAAGUGGUACUUCAUCGGAUUCUAUCUAACAAUUGCCGCACUAGUUCACUAUGGUAUGUGGAUUUGGUCUGUUCAUUAUGGCCUCGGCGCCCACAUUGAAGCCAUUUUGAAAACUGGAAAAUUCUCGUACGACCCGAGUUUUCCCCUCAAGCACAAUUAUAUCGGCAUCGCGCCCAUCGACAACUAUCUUGUAUUCCUAGCAGCAGCGUACAUGCCAGGCUUGAAUAACUGGGACCCGAAUUUCAGCACUUUGCAGAUGUACUUUCUCGGAAUGCUCGUUCAGUCGAUCACAGUGUGGUCUGUCGAGGCAUAUCGGAAGCGCAAUGCGCUGACACUAGUAGCCUUGUAA